AUGGCUAAACUGUUCAAGGCAACCUAUUUCGCACUAGUAACUACGUUGUUUGCUUACUCCCUAGGAGCAUCAUUAUUCCCUCACCUUGCAUCUACAUUUUUCGAAAUCUACAAUGUCGUCAAGAUCAUAAAUAACCAGCUGUCGUCUCUUCCAGCUCUUCUACUUACGGAAGCCCAUCGACCAUCCUAUCAUGAGGUCAUCAAGAUCUCUCUUAUCUUCCCUUGUUUCUUUCUUCCCUUGGUGUGUUGCUACUCGCUCUACCAUAAGCGACAGACCAAAUUGGUGGACGACCUGGGUAACUUUCCUACCACCACAACCAUUACCCCUACGUGCAUAUCACCCACUACCGACGUGUCUGUUGCCGUUAUGAACAACAACCUAACUUCGAUUACUUCCGCUCUUACGAGCAUUCUUAAUACCCUCGCUACCACUACCCUUCCCCCUCCCGCCCCUACGCCUUCUACGAUUACCAUACCGAGUGCCAUCGAUACCUCGAAUAUUGUUACAACUCCUUCCGGUACACACCUAAGUCAACUAGAACAAAUUUCCAAGCUACUGACUAAUAACCUCAAUCAAGCUUUGAAUACUCUAGUUCGAUUAGAUUGCUACAUCAAAGCUGCAAAAGAUAUUCCAACCGUUAACGCGAGUCGCGACUCUAAUUCGACCACUGAUACCAAAUUGGCAGCAACGAUGAAUCACGUUACUAUCGCAAACCCACCCAAAACGUUUACUAUUUCUCUACCAUCACAACCAAAUUUAGCCAACCCAAACCCUCUUGACGAUGUCCUGCCAUUCUCUACCGCCGAACGUCUCGAGCUAUCCGAAGAAGACUUAUAUAACCUAUUAAUGAAGCGUCGCGCUGCAGUUCGCCACACUAAAGUUUCAGCUAAAUUACUAACCGCUGAAGAACAAGAACUGGCCAUGACAGACCUUUGCCGAUUAGCCCGUCUUUGGAAGACAAAGAGAAACCCCACUUACAAAUUCCGCAGUUUUGAUCAUGAAUCCUUAGGGACCUUGACAGAGGAAGAAGCUCAAUUACCCCGGAACAAUGUCCAAGAAAUCAUUAAUGCUCGAAAACACGCCCUUUAUGUAGCCAGAGCUCGUGCUGCAGGCAAACUACUC